AGCAAAAAGAUUUCUCUCUUCUCAUCGACACACAAAGAUCUUCCUUUAUCUUCGCUUUUGUUUCUUUUAAAGUUUCUUCGCCCCUUUAUCUCUUCGUAACAGUCGCAUCAGGUCUAAGAAGGCAAAGGAAACAUCCAUAACACAUCCAGGGCCUCCUUCGGUUGUUACGCGUAGAGAUCACUUGCAUAUAAAACAUUAGGGUCGAUCCGAGACUAUCACCACGUCGGACCAAGAACGGAAAGAUGGGUUUCCUUCACAAGCUCUGGGACGAAACGCUGGCCGGACCCGCCCCCGAGUCGGGCCUCGGGCAGCUCCGCAAGUACCACUCGUUCUCGGCCGCGCGGUCCUCUGCUGCUCGCGCCUCUCCUCCUCCCGACUUGCCGGCGGUCACCCGCAGCAUCACCAUCGUCAGGACCGCCCCGGCUCUCCGGUCCAUCCCCGGGGAUCCGGGGUCGGGCCCGAGCACCCCCGGCACUCCUUCGACGCCUGGGACACCGGAUGGGAAGCUGAAGAGAUUCACGAAGAGAAAACCACCAACCGAUGGAUCGGACGGCGCUCAACCUAGAGGUCCGACUGAUUAUGAUUGGGUUGUGAUUAGUGCUUUGGAUCGCUAGACGGAGAAACUGAUGAUAUAUUUUGAUCGAUCGGCGAUUUUACCUCUCCCCAUACGUAGAGGAAUCAGUCUUUUUCUCUAUAAGAUAUCGGUAAACGUAUGUGUAUAUAUAUGUAUAUAUAACUAUCGUAAUAAUAAGAUUGUUCAUAUAAAGAAUGGUCAGGACACAGAGAAGGGUCCAAGUCCUUCUUGGAGUUUCCACAAGAGAGAGAGAAGAAGAACUAGGAGGCCUUAAACCCUAUAAAACUCGGCCUCUGCAUAAUAACCUUCAAGAGUUUUGGGAACUUUGGGCAUUUUUCUCCAGUUGGUUUUUCUUCCCCUGGUGUUCAUGUACAUAAUGAUAUUUGUUGUGCUUUUUAUAUUUGGUUUUUUUUUUUUAUCUUUUUUGUAAAUAUGUAAUUAUUUAUAUAAUAUGGGAAGCUCCUCUUUCAUUGAAACUA